GACAGCCUCAAAGAAAACGGAGUUGACGCCUCUUGAAAUCCGUCCCCCCCCCCCCGAAAAAGGAGAUGGAUCUCCGCUUGAGGGAUCUGCGCUUGCAAGAGGAGAAGGAAUUCCUGGAGAGCGUGGCACUGCCCCAGGCAGCUGAGGACUCGGAGGAGGCCAGGGACCCAGCGGCCGAGAGUGCUCUGGACCAGUCCCCGGUGGAAGACGCCCGGAGGGGCAGCCGAGGCCAAGCCAUUGUCCCCGAGCCUCUGGACUCCGAUGGUGACUGGCAGCUGCCCUGCAUCCCCAAGUCCCCCAGGGACACUGGCCUGAUCCUGGAUGCGGUCAAGCGCAGCGAGUUCCUCCGGUGCCUGGGGGACGGGAAGAGCCAGCCGCUGGUGGAGAGCUUUGUCCCCGAGCAGCACCAGCCGGGGGGCACCGUGGUGGCCGAGGGGGAGGACGGCCACACCAUGUACAUUGUGGCAGACGGGGAGCUGAGUGUGACGCAGAAAGGGCGCCAACUCCGCCGCCUGCUCCCGGGGGACGUCUUUGGGGAGCUGGCUGUGCUGUACAACUGCCGGCGCACAGCCACCGUCACGGCGCUCACCCUGGUGGAGCUAUGGGCCAUCGACCGGCAGACGUACCGCACCAUCAUCACCGAGAAGGCCAAGCGGCAGAGGGCAGAGGUGCUGGCCGGCCUGCGGAGGGUGAAGCCUCUCCAAGGCCUUUCCGAUGCUUCCCUGUCCCAGCUGCUGGACUCUGCAGAGGAGCGCACCUUCGCCCAGGAUGAAAUGAUCAUCCAGGAAGGAGACGAGGGGAGGACCUUUUUCUUCAUUCUCAGUGGACAGGUGGAGGUGACAAGGAGCGUGGAGGGGAAAGAGGAGCACAUCCGAGUCCUGAAGGCCGGGGAUCACUUUGGGGAGCUGUCCCUCAUCCGCAACAUUCGCCGGACAGCCAGCUGCCGGGCCCAGGAGGAGGUCACCUGCAUUGCCAUUGCCAAGGAGGACUUUCAAGAACUGAGUCCAAUGUGCAGCCAAGAGACGGAAAUGGCAGCGCCAGAGGCUCCCCCUUUCUCUGAGCCCAGACGGGGGUCCUUCCUGGAGGGAGCUCAGAGCCCCCUGCAACUCCAGGACCUGCUGCCUGUUUUCUACGAAGAUGGGGACCAGCGAGGGAAGCCAGUCGUCUUGGGCACGGGGGGCUUUGGCACCGUGGAGCUGGUCCGUUGUGUGGAGGAGGGCCAGGAGCUCUUCUUUGCCCUCAAGCGCCUGCGGAAGGACCACGUGGUGCAGAAGCGGCAGCAGGAACACGUCCUGAUGGAGAAGAAGGUGCUCCGGCAGAGCCGCUGCCCCUUCAUCGUCAGGCUCUUUGCCACCUUCCGGGACAGCCGCCACGUCUACCUGCUGCUGGAGUUCUGCCAGGGGGGCGAGUUGUGGGCCAAGCUGCGCGAGGCCCGCUGCUUCUCGGAGCCGGUGGCUGUCUUCUGCUCUGCCUGCGUGGUCGAGGCCCUGGACUACCUGCAUGCCCAGGGGGUCGUGUAUCGCGACCUGAAGCCAGAGAACUUAAUGCUGGACGCCAAGGGCUACGUCAAGCUGGUAGACUUUGGCUUUGCCAAGGCGCUGAAGCGGGGGGAGAAGACCUACUCCUUCUGCGGGACCCCCGAGUACCUGGCUCCCGAGAUCCUGCGCCACGAAGGGCACGACUUUGCCGUGGACUUUUGGACCCUGGGCGUGCUCAUCUUUGAGAUGCUUGUCGGACGCCCCCCCUUCCACAGUGCUGAGCCUCAGAAGAUCUACAGCAAGAUCAUGGACGGCGUCUUCUCCUUCCCGGUGUUUGUGAGCGAGUCUGCCUGCUCCCUCGUGGCCAAGCUUUGCAGGCGCCGGCCUGGGCAGCGUCUGGGCAACACCAGCAGCGGCAUCCGUGGCAUCCGGAAGCACAGGUGGUUCAGCUCCCUCUCCUGGAAAAAGCUGGCGCUGCGUCAGAUCGAGGCCCCCACCACCGUUCUGCUCAAGCAGGGCUCCCCCUACAUCAACUUCAAGCGCUACUCCGUCUCCCGGCAGCAGCCUGAAGAGGAGUUUUCUGGAUGGGAUGAAGACUUCUAAGCUGCUGGAACCACGGAGGGGGGAGGGCAGGAAGACCCUUCCUUUUUGACCCCACAGACUGGAACCGCAGAUGAGAGGGAGCCCCAGCAGCCUCUCUCUCCCCUCGAAAUGCUUUUCAGCAGGGGCCCCCCCAGCCUGGAUGUCCUCAGCCCCCUGCCCCCAGUGCUUGGCAAAGGCUCUCGUGUGCCCCUUCCUCUCCCCCCACAACUGCCUUCUCUGGGAGCUGAUGGCUGCAGUGGGCAGAGUCACUGUGAAAGGGGGAAACCCUCCAAUCUGCCUUGUCUCGUCCUGCUCAAUGUGGAAAAUAAAAUUAGUUCAGGGAA